UGGAAUUUUUUGGUGUUUUCUUGUGGUUGAAGCAACUGAUGUGAGAAGUUCGACAGUUCAAAAUUCCCCUCCACGAAUUUCAAUGAAUCCUCAUAAAACUCGAAAAAUAUAAGAUACUGUCGCGUAGUGAUCAAAUUGUUCGGCCAAAUAAUCAAAAACCCUCAAGCUCAAACUGCUUCACCAUGUGCAAUUUGGCAAAGUGCUUGCUCGUCCUGGUAGUGCUGCAAACGUGUUACGCCGGAAAUGACACAGACCUGUUAUCACCCGCUAGCGGAACAACACACGAGCGUGCCAAGCGGUGGCUUAUCUUCAAGCCGAACGGAGCCGUGGUAAAGAUUGUCUUCGGUGCAGCCUAUCCGGUUCGAUGGGCUCACAGGCUGCUGCGGAGUUUGAACCUGGGUUUGAACGUGCAAGCGAACUAUGCCAUUCCGUCGACCAUCGUUUGGCCCGUUCCGACCAGCGUUUUCAAGAAUCGACUCAACAACGACCUGGUGAAUAACAGUCAAGCGCAGCUGUAUCGGCUGCUGGAGAAGUUGUUGGAUUCGGUGAGCACUAGUGGACGGGAAUGUGUGCUCAGGACGAUAUGUGAAGUCGCCGAAACGCCACUCAGCCAUAAUGGACUGUUCGGCGAAGUGCUGGAUGUGAUAUUUACGCCAUACAAGUCAGACCAUUUGGAUGAAGUUUACUCGGAAGCACGGGGACAUGGACUAAGUGAAUCAAAUUGUAAUGAACUCUACAAAGGCUGCCCAGUUGGUUCCGGAUUGCUGGAAAAACUUACCGUUCUGCAUUUGUUUAAAUAAAAGUCGGUGCAAGCUUG